AUGACGGCGUCGGCCACCGCCAGCACGCACAAGGUGGCCAGCAGCAAGGAGGAGAGGAAGCUGAGGAAACCCCUCAUUGAGCGGAAGCGAAGGGAAAGGAUUAAUAACUGCUUAGACCAGCUGAAGGAGACUGUUGUGGGUGCAUUUCACCUGGAUCAGUCUAAACUGGAAAAAGCAGAUAUCCUGGAAAUGACAGUAAAGCACCUGCAGAACAUCCAGAGCAGCAAGAUGCUGGCUGACUCCAGGCUGGGUCUGGAGGCCCAGCAGAGGUUCAGCACCGGCUACAUCCAGUGCAUGCACGAGGUGCACAACCUGCUGCUCACCUGCGACUGGAUGGACAAGAGCCUCGGGGCGCGCCUCCUCAACCACCUGCUCAAAUCCCUGCCCAGGUCUGGAGAGGACACCUGCAAAGCAGCGCUGAGGCCUUUGAGCCCUUCUCAGCAGCCUCUCCUGGCACAGAAGAGUCCCCAGAGCCCAAAGGGCAGCGCUCGAGGCACAAACCCUGCCCAGGAGCGGCUCUGCCCUGCGGAGAACAAGCCAGCUGCCAAAAACACCCUCCCGCUGCCCUCGCUGGCGCUUUCCAACCACGCUGACGCUGCACCCCCCAGACAGGUUCUGCAGCCAAACUUUUCCCGUAACAACCCCAGAAUGGGUUCAUUAGAUAUGUGGAGACCGUGGUAA